CUAUCGCCGUUGCAAUGGUCGCAAUAAGUACGAGUAGCCUAGAACCAUGACUGGUCUAGGGAAGCCUAAACACGAUCCUUGAGCGUUCCCCCUCGGUCGGCUUCACCACUCUUACCGAGGUCCCGACUCUCGAAUUCACGAUUCUUAACGCGUUCUUAAAACGGCUCUCUUCCAAUCUCGCUCGAUCUUGCCUCAUUCGUUCAGUCGCCGCUCGCCCUGUGCUCUACUGUAGUCCACUCACGCCGCGACGCUGCUCCUUUUUCUCGCGAGUAGGUGACUGACGCUGCCCCGCCAAUCUCCCUCGCUUUCGCCUUAUCCGUUCAGUCGCCGCUCGCCCUGUGCUCUACUCUAGCACUCCACUGAAACGGCGACGCGACGCUGCUUUUGAGGCGCCUCAAAACUCCACUGAAACGGCGACACGACGCUGCUCCGCAUUCGUCCCAGUCGUCUGGCGCUCAGCCUCCUCAGUCUUAGCUGCGGUCAAGCUUCGCAUUUGCUGAUGUCUUCGUCUGCCUCCUCUGCUGUUACAACGAUGUGUUACAGUUACAGCUAAGUGCUACUCUAGGCUCACUGUGUAGGACAGCCACAAAGUGCUGCAGCUACUUAUUGAAAUACUACAGCUAAGUACGAAGUCCUGCAGCUAAGUUCUGCUAACAGGAGUUUCAACUAGGCAGCAGCUGGCUGGUAGGAGGUUCAGCUAUCCGCCAUGGCGCAUCUCCUAAGCGAGCUGGAUCGCUUCGAAGAGGAGAUGCGCGCACUCGGCGCGGAGUCCUCUUCCGCCAAGGCCGUUCCGCCCCCCGCGCACCUCCUCGCGCAAGUGCCCCUUCCGCCCGCUCCGCCGCUCCCCGCUAGAGCCGCACCUCCCCUUUCCCCUGCUCCGCCUCCCCCUCGGCCGCCACCGCCGCUUCCCCCAGGGGCUUCUCCUGCGCGGCCCUCGCUUUCCCCCCUGCCCGCUCACCCUGGGCCUGUUCCGCCUGCCCCUUCCGCCGUCUCCCCUGCGCCUGGUCGUCCGCCUUCCCCGCUUCCGCCACACGCCCUCCCCCCACCGCCCUCCGCCUUUCCUCCAACUCCGCCUUAUCGCCCCGCCGGUUCUUGGUCACAGUCUCCCGCCGCUACUCCCCCUGCUGCGCCUGUUGCGCCUUCCCCGCCCCUUCCCCCGCCAGCAUCAGGCGCACAAACCCAGUUUCCGCGCUACCAACCACCCGCGCGACCAUCGUUUCCGCCCUUUCCCCCCACACCCCCACCCGCGCAUUCACCCGUUCCGCCUUUCACUGGUGGCACGGGGGGGAGGACACAAUUUCCGCCACUUCCCCCCUCCGCCCCUCCCCCUGCCGCUCCCCCUACGCGGAAAGUAUACGCUGCUGCGCCUGUGAAAGCGACCAAGGCGGAAGAGGCGGGGAGGGAAGGGGCGGAGGGGGAGGCGGAGAAAGAUGGUGGGGGAAAAGAGGGGGGAAAGGAGGCGGAAAAGUCAGCAGCUGCAGGCAAGCCCACUCCGCCAAUUCCUCCCCCUCCUCCGCCUGCGCCUACUGUCUCCGCCUCUCCGUUACCAACCGCACCAUCACCACCACCGCCAUCAGCAGCAGCAGCAGCAGCAGCAGGGGGGCCUUCAGCGGGGUAUGGGGCUGGUCCUAGUCACGCGGGUGUGACUAUAGGCAUGUCACAAUACGGAGGGGCAGCGCCAUAUGCAGCAGGGGGAGGGCUUGGCGGAGUGGGGGGGCUUGGGGGCGCAGGGGGAUACGGGGGAAUGGGGGGGUUUGGGGGCAUGGGCGGAGGGAUGGGGGGGAUGGGGGGCAUGGGCGGGGGGAUGGGGGGGAUGGGCGCAGGAGGCUAUGGGGCGGGGCCAGGGGGGUACAGAGGGGGGGUAGCAACAUUUGGAGCAGGUGGGGGGGGGUUUGGAGCGAUGGGGGGGCAGUAUGGGGCGGGGAGCAACGGGCAGGGAACAUCACUGUCAGAAUUCCUGAGAGUAAUCCGAGUUAGUGUUGGUGUUAGUGGUGUUAAUGUUAGUGUUGGUGUUAGUGGUGUUGAUGUUAGUGUUGGUGUUAGUGGUGUUGAUGUUAGUGUUGGUGUUAGUGGUGUUGAUGUUAGUGUUGGUGUUAGUGGUGUUGAUGUUAGUGUUGGUGUUAGUGGUGUUGAUGUUAGUGUUGGUGUUAGUGGUGUUGAUGUUAGUGUUGGUGUUAGUGGUGUUAAUGCCAACCCCAAUGCAGCGAGAGCGGCUGGAAAGCCCAUCAACUCACAGGCGGAGCAGCUGUUUCAAAGGGAUGCAGCAAUGAUCAACCCAGCAGCGCUCGAGGGAGUCAAAGCUGCCCUGGCCAGUGGCAUGCCGCUGGGCGUGGCCGGGCAGGCUGCCGGGCAGCAAAAGAAAAAGCGGCCAGUGCCAAGAACUGCAGCGGGGCAGAAGUGGGAAGAUCCGACACUCACGGAGUGGCCUGAGAAUGACCACCGUCUCUUUUGCGGUAAUCUGGGCAACGAGGUCAAUGAUGACGUGCUUGCAAAGGCGUUUCAGAAAUACGCUUCAUUUAACAUGGCCAAGGUGGUGAGGGACAAGAACUCGGGCAAGACCAAGGGGUAUGGCUUCGUGAGCUUCGGUGAAGUGAUGGACUGUGCUGCUGCGCUCAAAGAGAUGAACGGGAAGUACGUGGGCAAUCGACCAAUCCAAUUGAGGAAGAGCACGUGGAAGGAAAGAGUUGACACGGAGGCUCUCCAGUCUCGAAACCGGGGUAGCCGGCCAAAAGAGAAGCGUCAAAAGAAAAACAUUCUGCAUCGAUGACACCUGGUGCCCAACGACACUGACAGCAUGACCCCGCAUCCUCAAUGGCACAUAUGAUUGACCUAAUGGAAGAGUUGACCAUUACUCAGGAAGUGUAAUUCAAUGUUUGAGUAGCCAAUGUAUUGUGCUUUGAAGAUUUGUGCUGGCACGUUUCCCAAACAAGCUUUGGAGCAUGGAAGAGUGGAAAGAGAUGAGAAUUCUUCUGGGAAGAGGUAAUGUACUUCCAAAAAUCAUGAGGAUCGAUCCAUCACUUUUUUAUUCAUAUUGAUUGUGUUGUAUAUUGAUCAUGUACCUUAACAUGAGGCCCAUAAUUA